ACAGCUGAUGAGCAGGCUGCGAUACCAGCGGACUGGAUUCAGGGAUGCGCGAGAGCAGAUUCGCUUGGUCCAAGGCUUCUUUCGUCCGGAUCUCCUUGCGCAUGCUCACUGCCCUCUGCUGGGCCGUGCACCUGCUUGGAGAGUCCGCUGUUCGAUCAGACAUCCUACCUGAGCACCGUAAAACCAGCCAUGACAGCGCACUCCUUUGCCCUCCCUGUCAUUAUCUUCACCACGUUCUGGGGUCUUAUCGGCAUCGCUGGGCCCUGGUUCGUGCCCAAAGGACCUAACCGCGGGGUGAUCAUCACCAUGCUGGUAGCUACCGCAGUAUGCUGUUACCUCUUCUGGCUCAUCGCCAUCUUGGCCCAGCUGAACCCCCUGUUUGGGCCACAGCUGAAGAAUGAGACCAUCUGGUACGUGCGCUUCCUGUGGGAGUGA